GUUGGCGACACCCUUGCCCUGGACCGAGGCCGCAUCAUGUUCUCAUAAAGUCCUCACAGCAAGCUUAGGGUUGACGAAGUCGCCUACGCAUUCAACGAUAUGGGAGAGCCAACACCACCAUCAUCUCAAUAUGACUACGACAUGGAAACGAUUGCUGGUAAUUUGCCUACGACAAAGCCAGGGGCAGACUCGAAAGUUCUCUUGACGAGGCUGUCGCAACUCCACCAUUCUCCUUCUCCGUCAGUCCGUCCAGUGACUUCGGCUACGGAACAACGAGAUGGCAUAGUCAGGGCGUGGGCCAUGUUGCUCCAUUUGUAUCUCGUGUCGGACAAGGUGGCGUUCGCUGUGGUUGGUAGGGGAAGUAAACAACUAGCAUGCUCGCACUGGCCAGUGUCUGUUCCUCACGGUUCGACGUUCAAUCCUGAUCCUCGAUUGACACUCACUCAUUUCGAGGCCGACAAGCAUCGUAAUCAAGUCAAUACUGCCGUUGCCUUCAUUGAUGUUGACGAUGGCGAUGGCACAUUUAGCUAUAUCAUACAAUCAUCUGAAAAGUUAAACCGCGAUUUACGCUUGUACACCCAGCAGACAUGCGUUCCGCGCAAGUUUGCGUCCGCGCUAUGGAACACUCUCGUCGAGAUUCAUUCAGACAUAUUGAAUUCAGCUUCUCACAAUUGGUGGAAACAAUCGAUCAGUGACACAGACAAGAGAACGCUCCGGUCCUUCUUGCCCCAUACACUGUCUGAGCCACGGGUUUCCGUGCAUGACCUCUGGCGUGAAUCUGUCCGAACGGCCCCUCUCGCAACAGCGGUGGAGUCAUGGGAUGGUGCGCUGACUUAUGCAGAGCUGGACAGGCUCGCCCACAAGCUCGCACACCGACUGCUGUCUAAAGGAGUACAGCCGGCCGACUUCGUUGCCUUCUCAUUCGAAAAAAGCCUUUGGAUGGUCGUGGCUAUGUUGGGGAUCGUCAAAGCUGGAGCUGCCUUCGUGGCCAUUGAUCCAUCGCAGCCAAGACCACGAGCCGAAGAGAUCCUCAGCCGACUCCAGGCAAAGAUCAUCCUGGUCUCACCAUCACAGGCCACGACAUUCGCCGACAUGGGUGAAGCCGUCUUGACAGUUUCUUCGGGUAGCUUAAUGGGCGACUACGAGAAGGACUCAUCUGGCCCAUCGCUUCCUCAUGUUAGGGCAGAAGACGCCGCAGUAUGCAUUUUCACAUCUGGCUCGACUGGGAAGCCCAAGGGAAUCGUCGUCCAGCAUCAAGCACUCGCCACUCGCUUACUGGAGGAGGGUGCAGCCCUUGGGUAUCGGGGAUCCAGGUGUUUGCAAUUUGCUGCAUCUACGUGGGACAUCUUCAUCACCGACAUCUUCACGACAUUAGCGUACCAGGGCUGCAUUUGCAUACCGAGUGAAGAGGACCGGUUAUUCAAUCUCGCCGAGUUCUGUACUAAUUAUAAAGUAUCCCUGGCGAUAAUGACCCCUUCACUGGCGAAUAUGUUGACUCCUGCUUCAUUUCCCACAUUAAGGACUCUCAUAUUCUCAGGGGAGGCCCUGAGAGCUGAUGUGGUGGCACGAUGGUCGUCACAGAGCAGCAUUUCGCUCUACCAAGGCUACGGGCCCGCAGAAACAGGAAGUUGUAUUCUUGGACGCCUUGCUCAGCGUGCGGAGACCCUUGGUCAUGGUCUUAAAAAUUCCAUUUGCGUACUUGUGGAGCCCAAGAACCACGAUCGCUUGGUGCCCGUAGGAGCCGUAGGUGAGCUCCUAGUUGCCGGACCAGGCCUGCUUCGGGAAUACAUUCACGAUCCUCUUAAAACAAGUGCUGCUAUUGUCGAACGCCCCUUGUGGUGUUCAGACCUAGAGGUCAAAGAAACAAGAUUCUAUAAGACUGGGGAUCUACUCCGUUAUAGUAUCGAUACGCUAGAUGGAAGCCUUGAAUUCAUAGGCCGAGCAGACGGCCAAGUGAAGUACCAUGGCCAACGUAUUGAGGUUGGGGAAAUUGAGCAUCACCUCGGCCAAUUCCCCAAUGCGGCCUACUGUAUGGUAACUCUUGUCAAAGAAGGUCAUUUAAGAGGCCAUCUAGUGGCCGUUGUUCAGAUCCAUGGGCAUUCUAGUACUCAUCACUCGACCACAAAACUCGCGAUUCAUGAAGAUAUGGAUCAUAUCAGAGAGAAAAUUCUUAAGUUCCUAUCAUCACGUCUACCAAGAUACAUGAUUCCAAGCAAACUCUUUGUCGUCAACAACAUGCCUUUCAAUGCGUCCAUGAAACUAGAUAGGGCUGCUAUCAACAAUUGGAUCUUGGACAUGCCGGUUGAACAUACAACGGUGGAGAAUCAAUCAUUGCCUCCUCCAGAUGCCACUCAACUGCUUCCCUAUGAACGCACUGCAAAAGUCGUAGCCAAGCUGUAUGCCAGUAUUGUCGCAGGAGAGGAUUCUUCCCACCGCCAGCGAUUCGAAGAUCAAGACUUCAAGCUACAAUCAGGUGGCAUUGACUCCAUCCAGAUUAUGUCACUUUCAAUGUCUCUAAAAGACAAAUUCGGGGUCCAGAUACCAAUGGACCAAUUGCUAAGCUCGAAAUCAACCAUACGCACAAUCGCUUCCAUUAUUAACACUAGCGGAAGUCCCCAACUACCGAAAGCUGAGACUCAAGAACUAAGCAACGCGGAGAACGACACAGACGUUCUUCUCCAAUCGAUAUUCCUCUCUUCCGAGAAGAUCUACAACAACUCAGAUGUAAAGCAUGUGUUCCUCACCGGGCCUUCUGGAUAUUUAGGCAUAGAAAUAUUGCGACAACUUCUCACACGGUCCACUUGCCAGAUAUACGCACUCGUUCGGGGCUCGUCGGAAGACGCUGCUCGUAAUUAUCUCGUUCAAAAGGCUGUGGCCGCCACGUGGUGGAGAGAAGAAUACCUUUCCAGGCUCCAAAUUUGGCCGGGUGAUCUGUCGCAGCCCCAACUUGGUCUCGAUUUGGCUCAAUGGCGUAUGCUCCAGGGCCAGGGGCCACAGGGGGUCGAUGCAAUCAUCCACAAUGGCGCCAAAGUCCACUAUCAUAUGGACUAUGACAGCCUUGAGGCUACGAACGUAUCGUCAACCAUCCAGUUACUCAAAGCGGUUAACAACCGUGAAAAGCCACUACACAGCUUUGUAUUUGUAUCUGGUGGGCAACAACUCAGCUUCGAUGACGAUGACGACGCCGUCAAUAUACAGAAGGCUCUCCAAGGAUCUGGAUACGCGCGUUCAAAAGCCAUAUCAGAGCUUGUCGUGAAGAAGUUCGCUGGGCAAGCGGAGACGAAAGCCAAACAUAUCCGAGUUGUUAAGCCAGGAUUUAUAAUUGGUAAUGCGAAACGAGGCAUUGCCAGUAAGGAUGACUUUAUUUGGAGAUACAUCGCGGCCUCAAUUGAGAUCGGCGCCUACGAUAAAGACAAUGCGAAUGGAUGGCUGUUUUUGACAGAUAUUUCCCGAGUAUCAGAAACCAUUCUUCAGAGCGUAUUCGACCUUGAGUGCAAGCCAGUGGUUAAGAUCCUAGAUGGCAUUCAGUUCCAGGAUAUCUGGCUGCUUCUACAGGAUGAACUUGACUACAAUAUUCAGCCUGUGCUUCAGCAGGAGUGGCUUUCUAAGCUACGUCAAAGUGUUGCUGCUAAACAAGAGAAACAUGUCAUGUUUCCACUCAUGCACAUGUUCGAAGCAGAUGGCCAACCCAUCGGUGUCUCCAACGGACCAAGUCGACCUUCUGUUGGUGUCAAAGAAGCUCUGCGAGCAAACAUUAAACAACUGAUUGGAAGUGGAUUCUUUAUAGUGCCAGGUUUCCUUCCGACUCGCUCGUCCACCACCGAGAACAGUAUGGAGGACAGUAUGGCGCCGGUCCAAGACGCCUUUGAUAUACAAAGCGUGCGCAGACAAUUUCCAGCCCUGCAUGAAGGCAUUAUAGCAUUCAACAAUGCAGCUGGGACUGCCGUGUAUCAGGGUGCCAUCGAAAGCACGCAUGAUUACAUGUCUUCGUUCCCCAUCGAAGUCGGACUUGAUGAUCCGCGAAGUCAGAAAAAAACAGAGCGUUGGAUGAAUAAGACCGCUGAACUAGCGGCAUUCAUGAAUGCGGCUCCUGACGAAGUUGCAUUUGGCCAGUCGACAACCAUGCUUCUCCGCAUCUUGGGCCAGGCACUACGACCCGCGCUGAACUCAAACUGUGAGAUGAUAAUCUCAAACCUAUGCCACGAAGCCAGCGCAGCCGCGUGGAUAUCUCUAGCCAAAGAUCUCGGUAUCGCCAUUAAGUGGUGGGCGCCACCGGCGGGAGACGAUCCCUGCCUUUCACUCGAAACGUUAAAGCCACUUUUAUCACCAAAUACACGAGUCGUCGCAUGUAAUCAUGUUUCAAAUGUUAUAGGAACCAUUCAUCCCAUCCGUGAGAUUGCGGAUAUGGUCCAUGGCGUUCCUGGAGCUAUCUUGAUCGUCGAUGGGGUUGCUUGGGCGCCUCACCGUCCGAUCGACGUCAAAGCUCUAGAUGUUGAUUUUUACUGCUUUAGCUGGUACAAGGUCUUUGGGCCCCACAUAGCACAGCUAUACGGUCGGCGAAGCGUUCAGAAACGUAUGUUGACUGGGAUCAGCCACUUUUUCCUUAGUGAAAUGCCCGGACUCGACUGGCGCCUGCGGCUUGGUGCUCCUGCCUUCGAGCUCGAAAUGGCUCUUGUGGCCAUUACAAGGUACCUUGGCCAAGUCGGCUGGGAGAACAUUGUCGGACAAGAGACGAUCCUGCAAGAAGUAUUCCUAUCCUAUCUUCGACAGCACCAAAGCAUAUUCCGUGUUUUUGGAGAGAAGUCAUCGAAUCCCCAGAAACGGGUGCCGGUAAUCACGUUUCAAGUGAUAGGAGAGUCUUCCCGAGAAAUAAUGGACCGGAUCAAUCGACAAACGCAAUUCAGGAUCGUGUCAGGUCACUGCUGGGCACCUCGACCGACGCACGACGUGCUGAAUCUCGAUGACAACGGCCUAAUCAGGGUCAGUUUCGUGCAUUAUAACACAGUUGAAGAAGUGCGAGAGUUCUGCGAAGCACUACAAAGGGUUCUGAACUUUACAGGAGGUAGCAGUUGAUGGCUUUGAAGUUCACAACUAUUAUUCCUCGUGACCUGGACAUACGCUUGUAAAAGCUGACGCCAGGCUUGUCCCUAGUGGUGAAAGUCUUUCCCAAAAUCCGGACAUGGUCGUUAAAUGUUUCGUUACGAAGACAAUAUGCAUUACUAUAUGUGAGCUUCUGUUUACUGAGCAAGCCCUAAGCGCUCACUGAGCGGUACUUAGUAGCCCGUGAUGCAAAAUACUUACUAGUAUCUAACUUGUUAUAUAUAGGGAUGUGUGAUUUGGACAAGACCCUAUAAUACUAUAAUAGGAAGGUAAUGUAAUAUAUAAUGGUAAU